GGACCGUCCUGAAGAGCAUCCCGAAGAGGAACUUGAAGACAAUGCAGACGAAGGUAUCGAAGUAGAAGAGGCUGGUAAUGAAGACCCUACAACAAAGAAGAAUAAAAGUAGGCAGACUAAGGGGAUAGUGCGAUUGGCAAAAAUAAUUGCUGACAAAAUCAAAGGAAUAGAGAUAAAUUUAAGGUUUAACAAGAGAGGGUAAUCAAUUAAAACUCCGGAGAGAGAGUUACAAUGCUAUUUGGGGAUGCAAGCAAAGUCAAUGGUGUCAAUUACAUAUGAUAAUUGGCAUGAUGUUCUUGCUGCAUAUGUGGAGCCAAGUUUCAUGGUCAAAGUUCUGAUGGAUUUUGAGAUAUUAGGCCAUGAAAAUGAUUUAUAUAUCUCACAAGAAGAUAUAGUCCACGUUGGCUUAAUGGAAGAGAUUGGAGCAUCAUGUGUAUCGUUAUAUAUCAGUUUGGUUAUCAAAUGUUGGAUCCACUAAAGAAGAACGAGUUGAAUGGGUAUCAAAGCGUAUGAUUGAUUGAAAUCCAGGUUAGAUGUGGUUGUUGCCAUACCAUAAGGGAAAGCAUUGGAUGCUUAUAAUAAUUGAUUUUGAUCACCAAUUGGGCUAUUUCCUAGAUUCUCUUCACAAUUUUCCACCAGAUGAAAUCAAAUCUCUCAUUUCUCGUGUCUUUCAACAUUUACGCACAAAUAAUGCGAAAACUAAGGAUGUCGCGUGGAGAAUUGUUAAGUGUCCUCAUCAACCAUUACAAACAGUACAAUGUGGAUUCUAUGUUAUGAGGAUGAUGAAAGACUUUGUGACAAAUGAGAUUUCAAUGCGUUGGCUAACUAGUAACUGUGGCGGGAAGAACUCUUACACAAAGGAUGAGAUCAAUGAAGUACAUGAAGAAUGGGCACAAUGCGUCAUGGAUUUGAUGAGUACUACAUAAGUCCACUAACUUUUGUUAAAUAGACUUUUAAUGAGAUAUACUAACAAUGUUAACCUAGACUUUCUUGAAGAUAUGCACACUUUUGUUGUCUAACUAUAGUUUACAAUGCUUAUAUGAGUCAUUUUGUAAUUAACUUAAGACUCGCU